AUGGAGAUCGAGUUCGACAUGCCCAAUUUCCUGCGCGUGCACAAGAGCGGCCGCGUCGACCGUUUGGGCGGCACAGAGACCGUCCCACCCUCCCCCUCUGGGGAUCCUGCCAACGGCGUUGCCUCCAAGGACAUCGUCCUAGACCCUGCGGCCAACAUCACCGCCCGCCUCUACCUCCCCGACGCGGCGGCGGAGCCCGGGCCCGGGCCCAGCAAGAAGUUCCCCGUCGUUGUCUUCUUCCACGGCGGCGCUUUCUUUAUCGAAAGCACAGCCUCCCCCAUCUACCACAGGUACGCCGCCUCCCUCGCCGCCGCGGUCCCCGCCGUCGUCGUAUCAGUUGAGUACCGCCUCGCCCCGGAGCACCCUCUCCCCGCGGCCUACGACGACGCCUUUGCUGCCCUCAAGGCGGUCGUCGCCGCGUGCCGCCCGGACGGCGCCGAGCCCUGGCUCGCCGCGCACGGCGACGCGUCUCGGCUGUGCCUCGUCGGCGACAGCGCUGGCGCCAACAUGGCGCACAACACGGCGAUAAGGCUGCGGAAGGAACCCAUCGACGGCUACGGCGACAGGGUAAGCGGGGUGGCGCUGCUGCACUCCUACUUCUGGGGGACACAACGGAUGGGCUGCGAGCCCUUGUGCUUCCCCUUCGACAUGGAUCGCGUGUGGGAUGUGGCCUGCGGUGGCAGAUUCGGCCGCGACCACCCGUACAUCAACCCGGCGGCGUCGCCGGAGGAGUGGAGGCAGCUCGGGUGCGGCCGCGUGCUGGUCACCACGGCGGAGCUGUGCUGGUUCGUGGAGAGGGCGCGCGCGUACCCGGAGGGGAUCAAGGCGUGCGGGUGGGAGGGCGAGAUCGAGUUGUACGAGACCAAGGGCGAGGAGCAUACCUACUUCCUGUUCAAACCCGACGGCGAGAAUGCCGCCAAGGAGCUCGCCGUCGUCGCCGAUUUCGUCAGGCGCUCCGGAGCUGAGCUUAGGUGA